AUGGCGAGCCGUGUGGACGCUUCUGGAUCAGGAGCUAAGGGGAAGGGGAAGCUGGAGGACAUCAUGCAAGAGCUGGCUCUGAAGGAAGAAGAUCUUGACGACGUGAUCUUUGAGGACGACGACGCCCCUGCGGAGGAAGAACUCAGAUGGAUGGUUUUGGCGCGUGUGCACAUGGACAAGGGCUUUAGUACCUACUGGUUUUUCAGAAACAUGCGAUCUGCUUGGGAUCUAGCAAGACCGGUGAAGAUGAAAACCCUAGAGGAUAACCUAUUCCAGAUGCAGUUCAACUGCUUAGGGGACUGGGAGAGAGUCACCCAGGGGGGACCGUGGCACUUCAGGGGUAACCCUGUGAUCAUUGUUCCCUAUGAUGGUUAUUCGAAGCCCACAUCCAUCGAACUAUUCAAGUUUGAAAUCUGGGUGAGGAUCAUCGAUCUGCCCAUAGCAUAUCAUGGCAAGGUGAAGGCGCUGGCGGCAAAGUUGGGCGAGUUUGUGGACUCGGAACCCUCAUCUUUUGAUUUUGAGGGCAAUUUUUACCGGGUGAGGAUUAAGUUAGAUGUUCGCAACCCACUGAAGAAAGCAACGUCUCUGAUCCGUGGUGGAGAGCGGCAGAUAUUUGCAGUAAAAUACGAGCGUCUUCCCGACUGGUGCCAAGUGUGUGGCAUGAUGGGCCAUGAGUUUAAGGAACACAGUGAUGGAGUUCACCCUCCUUCGGCGCUGAUCUUCAAGAAUUUGCGUGCUCCAGCUACUACUGCAUGGGGGACGAAACGCCGUAACAGCAACUAG